AGCGAUUCUUACAAAGAGUUUCGAGCCUCGGCGCUUGCCGUUGCCCACCCUGCCUGCCGAGCCGGCCGCGCCUGCGCAUUGAGAGCCAGAAGGCGGUUCUAGGGGUAGUGGUACAGCGCGGCAUCCGCUAGUUCUUCAAAGUGGUUAUCAGGUGUCGCCGCCAUGAGUCGCAACUAUAAUGAUGAGUUGCAGUUCUUGGAUAAGAUCAACAAAAAUUGCUGGAGGAUCAAGAAGGGCUUCGUUCCUAACAUGCAGGUGGAAGGAGUUUUCUACGUGAACGAUGCCUUGGAGAAGUUAAUGUUUGAGGAGUUGCGGAAUGCCUGUCGAGGUGGUGGUAUUGGUGGCUUCCUGCCAGCUAUGAAACAGAUUGGCAAUGUGGCAGCCCUGCCUGGAAUUGUUCAUCGUUCCAUUGGUCUUCCUGAUGUCCACUCAGGUUAUGGGUUUGCUAUUGGGAACAUGGCAGCCUUUGAUAUGAAUGACCCUGAUGCUGUGGUUUCGCCAGGUGGUGUCGGAUUUGAUAUCAACUGUGGUGUCCGUUUGCUAAGAACCAAUUUAGAUGAAAGUGAUGUUCAGCCCGUGAAGGAGCAACUUGCCCAGGCUAUGUUUGACCACAUUCCUGUUGGGGUGGGAUCAAAAGGUGUCAUCCCAAUGAAUGCCAAAGACUUGGAGGAGGCCUUGGAGAUGGGUGUGGACUGGUCCUUGAGAGAAGGCUAUGCCUGGGCUGAAGACAAGGAGCACUGUGAGGAGUAUGGAAGGAUGCUGCAGGCCGACCCCAACAAGGUCUCUCCAAGGGCCAAAAAAAGAGGCCUUCCUCAGUUGGGGACCCUGGGAGCCGGCAACCAUUACGCAGAAAUUCAGGUUGUGGAUGAGAUUUUCAAUGAGUACGCUGCUAAGAAAAUGGGCAUCGACCACAAGGGACAGGUGUGUGUGAUGAUCCACAGUGGGAGCAGAGGCUUGGGCCACCAAGUAGCCACAGAUGCACUGGUAGCUAUGGAAAAAGCCAUGAAGAGAGACAAGAUUAUAGUCAAUGACCGUCAGUUGGCCUGUGCUCGAAUUGCUUCCACAGAGGGUCAGGACUACCUGAAGGGAAUGGCUGCGGCUGGGAACUAUGCCUGGGUCAACCGCUCCUCCAUGACCUUCUUAACCCGUCAGGCCUUUGCCAAGGUCUUCAACACAACCCCGGAUGACUUGGACCUACAUGUGAUCUAUGACGUUUCUCACAAUAUUGCCAAGAUAGAGCAACAUGUGGUGGACGGAAAGGAGCGGACGCUGUUGGUGCACAGGAAGGGAUCCACCCGAGCUUUCCCUCCUCACCACCCCCUCAUUGCCGUGGAUUACCAGCUCACUGGACAACCGGUGCUUAUUGGUGGCACCAUGGGAACCUGUAGUUACGUUCUUACUGGCACUGAACAGGGCAUGACUGAAACCUUUGGAACCACCUGUCAUGGAGCGGGUCGUGCGCUGUCUCGAGCAAAAUCUCGGCGUAACUUAGAUUUCCAGGAUGUCUUAGACAAAUUGGCAGAUAUGGGAAUUGCAAUCCGUGUUGCCUCACCCAAACUAGUUAUGGAAGAGGCUCCUGAAUCCUAUAAGAACGUGACAGAUGUGGUGAACACCUGCCACGAUGCUGGAAUCAGCAAGAAGGCUAUCAAACUGAGGCCAAUUGCUGUUAUCAAAGGAUAGAACCUUGACCAGGACCGCCAGACACCCCUAACCCUCACCAGCCCUGAAGUGGAAGUGGACUGAAAUGCUCUUCAGACAUCAGACUCGAGAGACCUGGCUGGUUCCAAAAUGUGCGGCUCUAACUGCCCAUUCCCAAAUGGCUGACAGGAGGCUGCUGCUUUCUGGAGCCAGUGUUGUAAAUAACCUUGGAGGAGUCACAUUGUCCCCAUUUGGAAAGGGACAAAUAUGCUUCCUCUUUGGUUGUCCAUAGAUUUUUAAGAAAAUCUCUUAGGGAUUGAGGAUGGGUUAAGAAACUGCCUUUACUCAGUCGUACAAGUUUUUUGUCAAAAUUAAUUUCCUUACACCAAGCUCUCUUUACAUCCCAAGAAGUAUCAUGAAGGAGAUCCUAUUAAAUAAGAAAAUUCUGGAAUGUUUCCUUUU